AUGUUCAUUGAGGAAGUAAUGGAACUAGUGGAGGUCAAUCCAUUGAGAAACUCUUUGGUUGGUUUGCCUGGCGUGAACGGUCUUUCAACCGAACAACGUAAGAGGCUAACUAUAGCAGUUGAGUUAGUUGCCAACCCUUCCAUAAUUUUCAUGGAUGAGCCUACAUCUGGUUUAGAUGCUAGAGCUGCUGCAAUUGUUAUGCGAACCGUUAGAAACACAGUUGACACAGGAAGAACAGUUGUUUGCACCAUUCAUCAACCAAGUAUCGACAUAUUCGAAGCUUUUGACGAGUUAUUCCUGAUGAAGCGCGGAGGACAAGAAGUAUACGUUGGGCCGUUGGGUCGUCAUUCGAGUCAACUGAUCAAGUAUUUUGAGAGCAUUGAAGGGGUUAGUAAAAUCAAAGAUGGCUAUAAUCCAGCAACAUGGAUGUUGGAAGUUACGAGUUCGGCGCAAGAACUUACUUUAGGUGUUGAUUUUAAUGAUACAUACAAAAACUCUGAGUUGUUUAGGAGAAACAAGCAACUUAUAGAAGAAUUAGGCAAACCUGCUUAUGGUUCAAAGGAUCUUCAUUUCUCCACCCAAUACUCACAGUCAUUUUCGGUCCAAUGCUUGGCUUGCUUAUGGAAACAACAUUGGUCGUAUUGGCGCAAUCCGCCAUAUACUGCUGUGAGGUUCUUCUUCACUACUUUCAUAGGCUUGAUGUUUGGAACAAUAUUCUGGGAUCUUGGCAGGAAAUACUCAAAUAGACAAGAUCUGUUUAAUGCGUUCGGUUCGAUGUAUACUGCUGUUCUCUUCCUUGGGGUCCAGAAUUCAUCGGCUGUACAACCCGUGGUAGCCGUUGAAAGAUCUGUCUUCUAUAGAGAUAGAGCUGCUGGAAUGUAUUCUGCCUUGCCCUAUGCAUUCGCACAGGUUAUAAUAGAACUACCUUAUGUUUUUAUCCAAGCUAUAUCAUAUGGUGUGAUAGUUUAUGCGAUGACUGGAUUUGAUUGGACUCUAGAGAAAUUCUUUUGGUACAUAUUUUUCAUGUACUUUACAUUGUGCUACUUCACCUUCUAUGGAAUGAUGGCAGUAGCAAUAACUCCAAAUCACCAUGUCGCGUCAAUCGUGGCUUCUGCAUUCUAUGCGAUUUGGAAUCUCUUUUCAGGAUUCGUCGUUCCACGACCGAUGAUUCCGGUGUGGUGGAGAUGGUACUAUUGGGCAUGUCCUGUGGCUUGGACUAUAUAUGGAUUGAUAGCAUCACAAUUUGGAGAUAUAAACAUCAUGAUGGAAUCAGAAAAUGAAACAGUUCAAGAAUUCAUAACAAGUUACUUUGGUAUCAAGCAUGAUUUCAUAGGUGUUUGUGCAGCUGUUGUUGUUGGGACAGGAGUGCUCUUUGCAUGUAUUUUUGCUGUCUCAAUCAAACUCUUCAACUUCCAAAGACGGUAGAUUAGGCGCCAAUUUUGAUGGAUUCUCUUCACUUUCAAAUUUUUGUACAUGAUUACUAUGUAUAUUUAUACUCUUCUCGUUCAUUUUAAAUAUUAUCUAACGGAGAAUUUUUA